AUGAAGCUCACCCAGUCUAUCCUCCUCGCAGCAGCGAGCUUCAAUCUUGCCAUUGGCGCUCCAAUCAAGGAGAAUCCAUCUCGCGCCAUUGUUGCCAAAGAUGUCAUUCGAAAGGCAAUUGACAACAAUCCAUAUAUCCUCGACAAUCUCGACCAAUCUGUCGCGGCUGAGGGCAAUGCCACUCCAGUCAGACUCCGCAGCUUGAUCGACUUACUCAAAAGGUCCAAUCGCAAGCGCUACCAGUACAAAGACACCCCUCGUCGCCGAAGUGUAGACAAGCGAUACGAGUACGGAGAUACUCCUGCUCUCCAGAGCGUGGAGGAUCUGUCCAAGCGAUACGAGUAUGGAGAUACUCCUGCUCUCCAAAGCGUGGAAGAUCUGUCCAAGCGCUAUCAGUACAAAGACACCCCUCGUCGCCGAAGUGUAGACAAGCGAUACGAGUAUGGAGAUACUCCUGCUCUCCAGAGCGUAGAGGAUCUGUCCAAGCGAUACGAGUAUGGAGACACCCCUGCUCUCCGGAGUGUAGAAGACCUGAGCGAGCGCUAG